ACCACAUCUGGAAUAUGAAUUCUCAACUGCCGACCAUCUUAAAUGCAACUUAUUUAACCUCAGGACUAAGUCGUGGAUUUUUCGAAUUUGUGACCAAAGUUGGCGAAGCUAGAAGCAAGCAGGAGGAAGACCGAUAUGUAUCUCAAGAAAUUGAUUCUCUCAAAACCAAAUUAAAUCAACCCGAUAUUUCUUCUGAUCUUAAGAGCAACAAUUAUCUUGAAGUGUGCUCUGCAUUAACCGCUUUAUGUCAUUUACUAAAUAAAGAUAUGAUACCGGCUGUAUUUGGACUUUUAGAGGAAGCUUUAACGCAUCCAAAAGAUAUUGUUCGUAAGAAAGCUGUAAUGGUAUUUCACAGAUUAUUUCUUGAUGCUCCAGACACGAUGAUGCAUCUUGACGAAAAAUUUCGUCAGAUGUUGACAGAACGUGAACCAAGUGUAUUAGGUUCCAUAUUAUGUCUUUUUCUUGAAUUUGUGAAGGCUGACCCUAAUAAAUUCAAAGAUUUGGUUCCUUCGUUAAUUAGCAUUUUGGAACAAGUUCUUGAUAGGUGGCUGCCACGGGGCUAUGAUUAUCAUGGUGUUCCAGCACCAUGGAUCCAAAUAAAAAUAAUCGAGAUCAUGGGAUUACUAGCGCAAGAUGACGAAAAGAUAAGUUCAGAAAUUGGUCCCCUUAUUGUUCAUACUCUUAGAAAAGCAGAAAAUGGUGUAGAUGCUGCUUAUGCGAUAAUAUUCGAAUGUAUUAGACAAAUAUCACGAUUACAUCCACAAACAUUAUCUACUCUCAUUCAUAAAUCCCCAAACCUUAACCCAUUAAAUGUAAUAACUCGAUUUUUAAAAUCCAAUAAUCAUAAUCUCAAAUAUUUGGGAUUGACCUGCUUGUCUGAGAUCGAUCCUGUGUGGUGGAUUGAAGGAGAAUGGUGGGGUGAAGAACAAAUGAGCAUAAUUGUGGAUUGUUUAGAAGAGAGAGAUGAUACUUUGAAGAGAAAAACAUUAGAUUUGCUUUACGCAAUGGUUAAUUCACAGAACGUUGUGGUGGUUAUGGAACAUAUGAUCAAUGCUUUACGUACUAUUUCAACAACUGAUGAAUUUUCACGCAUACUUUUGGUGAAUAGAAUUGUCGAAAUAUCUGGAAAAUAUCCUCUUAAUUUGCAAAUCAAAAUAGAAAAGGGUGAAGAAAUUCGCCAAUGUGCAGUAUCAGAAGCGAUAAGAAUUUUAGAAACUGAUAUUAGCAAUACGACCAAGAACCUAAUUUCAUGGUCUUUUCGAGUAUUAGGAGAAUUUGCAGAGUAUACUGAACUUCAAGAAAAUGUAUAUAAUAGAUUAUGUGAUUUAUUAGCACAAGUUGAUUAUGAACUUCAAGCUCAAAUAAUUACUACGCUGUUAAAAUUCGUCUCAAAGAUGAAACAUUGCCCCGAUAAUAUAAUAGAAUGUGUGGAAAAAUGUUGUCAAUCAUCAUCUGGAGAUAGAAGUCGUGAGUUUAUAAUUUUAUCAAAGGACUUUAUACUUUUGGAUAAAAUUGUAACACCUUGCGAAAAAUUUGAUGACUUUACAAUUGAUGAAUCAUUAUCCUUUCUUGAUGAUUUCGUCGAAGAUGCAUUGAAAAAUGGUGCAAAACCAUAUAAUCGAAUACCAAUUUCUCGUGAAGACACAAUUGCAGCGACUGAAAUUCGUUAUGAAGCUUAUGAAAAACCUAACUUACCGUCUUUCCCUAAACACAUGACCAGUUUGACAACCUACACUGAUACUAUGUUAUCGGCAACUGAUAGAAAUAUGUCAUUGUUUGAUGAUCGAAGUAAUCAGUAUAGUCGAGGUGUAGGCCUUCCAGUUACUCCCGGUCAGCUAGCUUGGUUUGGAAUUACACAAGAAAAUUUAUCAACAGAGAAUGUGUAUGAGCACACAAGUUUUCUGGCAACUCCACAAGAACCUAAUUAUAGUGAUUAUGAGGAAGUCGAUUCAAAACGCCAGUCGAUGGCAUCAUCAUUACCAAAAAUGAAGAUACAGUCAAGUACACAAAGUUGGAGUCGUUCUGGAUAUAAACCAAUUCAUAACACAGAAAGGAUAUAUUUUUCAUCUUCAAACUUUUAUUAUCCUGGCUAUUUUUCAAAACACAAUGUACUAUCUACCACAUCGGCAACUCCAAAAGCAACAAUGACACCAGAGAAAGAGAGACUAGCUUCUGCUUUGUUUAGUGGUGUGGGGACUUCGUCUGUAAUUAGUGACUCAACGCCUGCGCAGGCUGGACUAAUAACAAGAAGUUCGUCAGAAUCUCAACGUGGAACUACGGUAAUUAUUGUCAAAAUUUUUUGA